GCAGUGUGUGCAGCUGGCAGUGUGCUGAUCAUGGUGUCGAUGCUGUCUGUGUGCUUCCUGCUGGCGUCUCUGGCCCUCAGAGCUCCACUGAGCAGCACUGCUCCCUGUUGUCGAAACAAGCUGCUGCUCAUCUCUUUCGAUGGUUUCCGAUGGGAUUAUGACCAGGAUGUGGACACGCCAAAUUUGGACGCCAUGGCACAGGAUGGGAUCAAAGCCACAUAUGCCACACCACCGUUCAUCUCCAUCACCAGCCCUUCACACUUCACUUUGAUUACAGGGAAGUAUGUGGAGAACCAUGGUGUGAUUCACAACAUGUGGUUUAACACAACCACCGGAGAGAAAAAGCCAUACUACAUGACUCAGUUUGUUAAUGAAUGGUGGGACAAUGGCAGUGUACCUAUCUGGAUCACAGCACAAAGACAGGGUCUGAAGGCAGGUUCGCUCCAUUUCCCUGGAACUGCUGCCACCUACCAGGGUGAGAAGGCCCAUCUGAGUGAGGUGGAGCCACGUUUCUAUGACUAUUCCAAUGAGACUCAAUGGCGGGAGAACGUGGACAAGGUGAUGGACUGGUUCACGGUACAGCACCUGGACUUCGUGGCACUGUAUUUCGGAGAGCCCGAUAGCACCGGACACAAAUACGGACCUGACUCCCCCCAGAGAAGGAACAUGGUAAAGCAGGUCGACCGUACUGUGGGGUACAUACGCAGCGUUGUUGACCAGCGCAGCCUCACGGACCACCUUAACAUCAUCAUCACUGCCGACCACGGAAUGAGCACUGUCCACAGAGCACCAGUGGUCCAAGAGAUCACCCUCUCCAAGAUCCCAGGAUUUUCCUUCAAGGACCUCCAGUUCCACAUUGUGGAUUACGGCCCUGCCAGCCUUCUGCUCCCCAAGGAAGGCCUGCUGGAUAAGGUCUAUAAUGCCCUGAAGAACGCACACCCAAAACUGCAUGUGUAUAAGAAGGAGGAAAUGCCCAGGCGACUGCACUACUCCAAAAACUCCCGCAUUCUGCCCCUGUUUCUAUAUGCAGAUCCAGGAUAUGUCAUAAAUGGGUUGAUUCCAGUACAGUUCAACAAUGGGGAACAUGGCUUUGACAAUGACGCCAUGGACAUGAAGACAAUUUUCCGGGCAGUAGGGCCAGACUUUAAGAAGAACCUAGAGGUGGAGCCCUUUGAAACUGUACAUGUGUACGCACUGAUGUGUCACCUGCUGCGCAUUCAGCCCGAACCCAAUGAUGGGUCACUGGAGGUAACCCGGAACAUACUGCAAACAAAAACAAAUGAAGGCUUUGGUGUCCUGACCCAGGUAUUCAUUGGUUUGACUGCAGCAGCAGGGUUCCUGGUGGUGGUGUUUGUCAUCAUCACUGUCCACACUGUACACAAACGGAGAAAGAGCCAACACAGAUCCAAGAAGAAUGGUCUAGAUGAAAAAUGCCCCAAGACAAAACAAUCAAGAUUUUGAUAGUGCUGUUUAGAAUAUGAAGAGUACCACAUCUGACCUUGUGAACACUACUGAUGAACAUGCUAGCAAACUUCAGUGAGACCUCCAUUUCACAACAGGACACCAAGAACAAAUGUUGCCUCCUAUGUACUUUAUGAGUUCAUAAGUUAGCUAUGCCAGGUUUUACUGUAUAUGCUCUUGUUAUCUUCUUCAUCUUAGAAGCUUUGUGUUAUUUAAGAACAUAAGUAAUUUAUGCCUUGGACACAGUUGACAUUUUGCAUCAUCAUAUAGAAAACCUUAUGUAGAUAAGGGAUCACAUCUUAUCAAGCCAAUGAAGUGUGAUUCAGUCCUAUUGAAUAAUAGCUUUAACUUAUUCAGCAAAAAAAAAAUCCAUACAAUGCCUACAAUGCCUAAUAAUAGCAUUACCUUGCAAACUGGAGGCCUUUCUAAAAACAUUGAGAGGUAAUAUUCAUGUUGGCUUUUGAUAACGAAAUUGCAGGCCAUGGAAAGCAUCACAAAACAAGCAUAUUAUUCUUAAACAGUACAAAGAAGUGUUGUGACGGAUAUUUGGAUGUGGGUCACUUUAUUUUUAUUUAAUUAUUUAAUGUUUUUUUCUUGCAAAGCUGGCUUAACUUCAGAUUCAUUGAGUAUCAUGAACAGGAAUUUUAAUGAACAGAAAACCCUUUUACAAAGACAACGGAUCACUCAUGAAAAAUGAACAAAACAAUAAAUGAAGAAACACGUUUUAAAAACUCCAUCGACUUUCAUACACAAUGAAAGGCGCCACAAACCUGAAUUUACUUAAUUUGCUGAAUCACAGACAUAAUUCUCUUGAAUUUGUACUAAUCUUGACUGCCAUUUCAAAAACAAAUUCUCAGGAUUUUGCAAACAGAAGAAAUGUUUACUACAGAUUUAAAGAAAGUAUCUCUUUUUUCUAUUUUCUUCAUACAAAACUGUAAAAAACUGAAAGCUUUUAAAUAGGUUUACCUUUCAUAAAGGGACAAUAUUAAAUUAAUUUUAAAACGAAUCUCAGGAAUAUUCUAAAAAGUGGCAAGGCAAAUGACAUUAAACUGCUAUUUUUCACAUAAUAUUCCAACAGCAGUAAAAUAAAUAAAAUAUUUUAAUUUUGC